AUGCUUUCUGAUUCUUUCUUCCUUUCAGAUUUCUUUUUUCUUUAUUUCUACUCUUUCUUUUUCAUUUUUUUCUUUUAUCUCCGCUUCUUUCUUAUGUUAAGUUUUAUUUUCUUUAGUUCCCCUCAUUUUUUUCUAUUUCUUUUUUCAUUACUCUCCUUCUCACCCUCCUCUUCUUUCUUUCAUUUCAUUUCUCCUCGAUGGUUUCUUCUUUUCAGAUCUCCUUUUUCUUUAUAUCUCUACUUUCUUCCUCCCUCCCCUCCACCUCUUCUUUCAUUCAUUCUUGCUUUUCGUCUACUUUCACCUAAUUCUUUUUACUGUAUUCCUUCGGCGUCUCCUUUACUUUCAUACCUUUAUAUCCCUACAUUUUCUUUCAUUUCCUCACCUUCCUGUUCUCCAGGUAAUCUUGUCUUCCUCUUUACCUGUCUUUUUACUCCUUUAUUUAAUUCUUUUCCUUCUCACCAAACAAGUUAUCUCUUCCGUCUCCCCACUCUCUCUCUCUCAAUCUAUCUAUCUAUCUAUUUUUGUCUGUUCAUAUCUAUCUAUCUAUCUAUCAUAUAUUCUGAUAAUAUCUAUGACAAGGGCCUGAAAAUCUUUCGGUCGGACACACCUAUCUAUCUAUCUAUCUAUCUAUCUAUCUAUCUAUCUAUCUAUCUAUCUAUCUCUUAUGAAAAUAUCUGCCUAUUUGUCUGUCUUAUUGUCUAUCUAUUUGGCUGGUUGUUUCCUCUCUCUCUCUCCUCUCUCUCUCUCUCUCUCUAUCUCUCUCUCUCUCUUUCUCUCUCUUUAUAUAUCUAUCUAUCUGCAUCUAUUUAUUUUUCUAUCUAUCUGACUUUACAUCUAUCUCUCUAUACCUAG